AUGAAGAGAUUCACAGCUCAACAGGGUCAAGCAACAAAGAAGCAGAAACCUGCUCCACAAGCACAGCCUGCAAGAGGUGGCGGAGGAGGAGGUGACGAUGACGAAGAUGACUUUGAGGAAGAGGAGGAGGAUGACGACGAUGAUGACGAGCAGUUUGAUGAUGUCGAUGAUGAUAUCGAUGCUGGCGACGAUGAUAUGAUGGAUGAGGACGCCGACGGUGCUGCUAAUAAUGAUGACGACGACACACUCGGCACACGUCAGCUUAUGAUGUGGUCACGUAGACCCGUGCCAACGAUCAUCCCGCACAAGCAACCAUUCAUCUUCCAGCAACUUGAAGUAGACUAUGCUGAAGUGAAGGAGCCACUGCCCAACAUGCCCGGUCCCAAGACUGGACCUAUCCCCGUCAUCCGUCUCUUUGGCUCCACUCGUGAAGGCAACAGUGUACUCUGCAAGGUGCAUGGCUUCCUCCCCUACUUCUUCAUCGGUUGUCCACCUGGCUUUACACAUGCUGACUGCGGUCAAUUGCUUCAUGAUCUGAAUAAGAAGAUGGUGCAAGUGGCAUCACAGAGUAAUGACUCUCCCAACAUUGUGUUGGGCAUUGAGUUGGUAUUGAAGAAGUCUAUCAUGGGCUAUAACCCUAAUCCUCCAACAGAGUUCAUCAAGAUCACGCUAGCCAUGCCAAAGUACGUCACGAGAUGUCGUGAGAUCCUGGAGAAUGGAAUCAAGUACCAGUUCUGUCUGCCCAACGUCAACAUCAGAGCGUACCAGACCUAUGAGUCCAACAUCCCAUUCGCUCUUCGUUUCCUCAUUGACAAGCAAAUGCCAGGAUGUAGUUGGAUUGAGCUCCCCGCUGGAUCCUAUCACAUGUCGGAGAAGCCAGUGUCAACUUGUCAGAUUGAGAUUGAUACCUCCCUGGACACAUUGAUUGCACAUCAGAUUCAGGAUGAGUACGCAGACAUUGCACCAUUCAGAGUGCUGUCGUAUGAUAUUGAGUGCGCUGGACGUAAGGGAUUCUUCCCCGAGCCAAAGAAGGACCCGGUCAUUCAGAUUGCCAACGUUGUCAAGAUUCAAGGAGAGAAGGAGCCAUUCAUCCGCAACGUGUUCACGCUAAAGGGUUGCUCAAGCAUCGUUGGCGCACACGUACUCCCACAUGACACUGAGGAGAAGAUGCUCAAGGAGUGGAAGAAGUUCGUCACCAAGAUCGACCCAGACAUCAUCAUCGGUUACAACAUCAUGAACUUUGAUUUCCCCUAUCUCAUCGAGCGUGCGCGCACCCUCAAGAUCAGCGACUUCCCCUACCUUGGCCGCAUCAAGACCACCGCGUCCAAGAUCAAGAACUCCACCUUCUCAUCCAGCAACCUUGGCACAAGGGAGAGCAAGGAGAUAUCCAUGCCUGGAAGGACACAGUUUGAUGUUAUGCAGGCUAUUCAGAGAGACCACAAGCUGAGUUCUUACUCGCUGAACAAUGUGUCGGCGCACUUUUUGAAGGAGCAGAAGGAGGAUGUGCACUUCUCCAUCAUCUCAGACUUGCAGAAUGGAACGGAUGACGACAGAAGAAGACUGGCCGUCUACUGUCUGAAGGACGCCAUGCUGCCACUGAAGCUGCUAGAUAAGCUGAUGCUGCUGAUCAACUACACAGAGAUGUCGCGUGUCACUGGUGUGCCACUCAGUUACCUUCUCGGUCGUGGUGAGGGUGUCAAGGUGCUCAGUCAACUGUACCGCAAGGCAAUGAUUGAGGACCUCAUCCUGCCGACGUACCGUGUGUCGUCCAAGGGCGAGAAGUACAAGGGAGCCAUCGUCAUUGACCCCAUCGAAGGCUUCUACGACACGCCCAUCUCCACACUGGACUUUACCAGUUUGUACCCGUCCAUUAUGAUUGCCCACAACCUCUGCUACUCCACCCUUCUCACCCAAGACGAUGUCAAGCAACUACCCAAGAGCGACUUUACCAUCACUCCAUCAGGAGAUGCAUUCAUGUUGCCAUCCAAGAAGAGAGGACUAUUGCCACGCAUUCUUGAGGAUCUGUUGUCGGCGAGAAAGAAGGCAAAGGAGGAGUUAAAGGUCGAGACUGACCCAUUCAAGAAGGCUGUGCUCGAUGGAAGACAACUGGCACUCAAGAUCUCUGCCAACUCUGUGUACGGUUUCACUGGUGCGCGUGUCGGCAAGCUGCCCUGCAUUGAAAUCUCCAGAAGUGUAACAGCUUUCGGAAGAGAGAUGCUUGACACCACGAAGAAGUUUGUCGAGGAGAAGUACACUAUUGCCAAUGGAUUCUCACAUGAUGCCAAGAUCAUUUAUGGUGACACUGAUUCAGUGAUGGUCAAGUUUGGCGUGGCCACAGUGGCCGAGGCUAUGGAGAUGGGCAGACUGGCGGCACGUGAGGUGACCAAGGUGUUCAUCCGUCCCAUCAACCUGGACUUUGAGAAGGUCUACUACCCAUACCUAUUGAUGAAGAAGAAGAAGUAUGCCGGACUGUUCUGGACCAGACCAGACAAGUUUGACAAGAUGGAUGUCAAGGGUCUAGAGAACGUGAGAAGAGAUACAUGUCCACUGGUGAGGAAUGUCGUAUCAAGUAUAUUGAGCAUGAUCCUGAUUGACAAGGACAUCAAGAAGGCUGAGGAGUAUACAAAGAGUGUGAUCAGUGACUUGCUACAGAAUAGAUUGGAUAUAUCGAUGCUGGUCAUUACAAAGGCGUUGUCAAAGACAGAGUACAAGGGUAGAGUCAGUCACAAUGAGUUGGCACAGAGGAUGCGCGCAAGAGACCCUGCCACUGCACCAAACCUUGGCGAUCGUGUUCCAUACGUCAUCACACAGGGCACAAAGGGUGCGCCAAUCUACGAGCGUGCAGAGGACCCUCUAUACGUACUCGAGAACAACAUCCAGCUGGACACCAAGUACUACUGCGAGAAGCAACUCAAGGCCCCGCUAAUGCGUAUCUUUGAGCCGCUGGUCAACGCCGCAUCCAUCUUCACGGGCGACCACACCCGAGUGAUUGCCACGCAGCCCAUGUCCGCGGGCAAGUACUUCUCCAACUUUGAGAAGAAGCGCGUCUGCAUGAACUGUCCGAACGAGCUGCUUGCAGAGGAGAAGACCGUCUGCAAGAACUGUCGCCACAAGGAGGCCGAGCUGUACCAGAACUGUUUGGAGAAUGUCACCAACCUUGAGACAAGGUUCUCCAACGCCUGGACCCAAUGCCAGAGAUGCUGUGGCAACCUCCAUCAGCCAGUACUGUGUUCCAAUCGUGACUGUCCAAUCUUUUACAUGAGGACCAAAGUCCAAAAGGACCUCAAUGAGGCACGCAACAACCUUGAGAAGUUCAAUCUGGACUGGUAA